CGGUUUCAGUCCGUCCUCGGCUUUCGUGUGCAACAGACGUGUGUUUGCGCUUUGAAACCAGAGAAUUCUGAAUAAAGAAACGCGAGCAACAAAUCUAAUUCGAAAUUAAAUAGAAAACAGAAAAACUCAAUGAACAGGCAAAAAGAAACCCCCCCUUAAAUGCUAGAACAAGCAUAAUCCCAAAGAAUUGCUAGCAUACUUUUUUGGGGUUUACGUCAUGUUUGUCUACAUUUAGCGGCAAAGAAAGGAAGGAGAGAGAGAGCGAGAGAGUUGAGAGAGAGAGUUUGUUGUUGCCACACACCAUGUCCCGUUGUGCGCCUGUGUCUCUGUCUCUGUCUGCGUCUACGUCUCCAUCUCUGUAUUCGUGUCCAAGAAAUCGCUGUGCAUGUGCCCCCCCAAACACACAAAUCCCCAACAAAUAUCAUCACAAGCGUUCCAGCAUCGUGCAUUGUCCAUUGCAUUUGUUUAACUAAUUGGCUGAAGGUGUUUUGUGCCGUAUUUUACCUUUCAAGCUAAAUGUAGUAAAAGAAAGAGCAACAGAAUCAAAAAAUCAUUAAAAAAACUGUAAAUUGGUAAAAAUACUCGCAAACAAAACGUAAAGGCUAAAACAAGGCGUGUUGUUUUGCCGCAACAAUAAACAAAACAACAAACAAGACAACAAACAAAACUACAAGCAAAAACUACAACAAAUAUAGAACAAGAAAAAUAUAGAAACAACAAACAUCUACAAGAACAAACGCCGCUAAGUAGAUACAAAAAUCAUAGAAAUUUCUUUUGUCGAGGCACCCGCGCAAAGUUCCAUUUUGCAUAGUAGACUUUUAGGCGCCGCACACUCUUAGCCACACGAAACAGACAGACAACCAAACCAAACCAAACCAAACCAACCAUCCAUACGACAAAUUCAAGAAACAUUUCAAGCAAAAACCAAAAGCAAACCACCAUCGCCACCAAAGCCACAGCCACAGGCACCAUCGCCACCACCACGAACCACAAUAUGAGCCUCAAUAAGAUCAAGAAGCGCGACUCGAGCGACUUAUGACUGAUGCGCUCGAAGGGCCAUGGCCAUGCCACCGUCAAUCUGGGCGCUGGCAUUGGCAGCGGCAGUCGGUACAAGGUUACGUGUGUGCCGGAAGUGAGCAUCACAUCGCCCACCAGUGGGGGCCUCCUCCAUGAGGCACCGUUGCCGCUGCCGAGUCCCAUCUCGAUCGCACAACAGCCCCAGCCCCAGCCACAGCCACAGCCACAGCAACAGGCGGCACAGAGCAAUGCGAAACACUUUGCGCUGCUCCAGCGCAGUCGCUCCCAGCCACAGGCACAGUCGUCGUCUAACAGCAUUUUCUCCACGCCUUCAGGCAUAGGCCCUGCUGUGGGCGGCGCCACUCUGGUCGAGGAAGAGGACUUCAGCUUGGCUGCGGCUAGUGCCAGCAGUGUGGCCGCGAAGAACGUGCUUCAGCGCCAGUUGGCCACGACCACCAUCGUUCACCAGCAGCAGCAGCAGGAGGAUCAGGAUUUGGAUUUGGACAGCGAACGGGAACGGGAACCGCUACAGAAGUUACCCCUGACUUUGGAGGCGUCGUGCGAGCCACCCAACGAACUGACACCGCUCGUGGAGGAGGAGCCCAGUGCCAGUGCCAGUAUCGCCGCCGCAGGCCCAUCGACAGGAGCCUCCACAAGCAAUCGUUAUAGCCGCAACUCAAAGACCACACGCUCCUGGCCCGUCAUCUAUCGCAAUCCGCAUCACUGCGACUACGAGGCUCUGUACAUCCAGCAGCAGCAGCAUCCGCAGGGAUCGCAGAGCUUCAAGCAGAACUGCUACUCGAAUCAGUUCAAGCAGUCGAUCGUCUACUCCAGCAGCAAUGAGGAGGAUCUCCCCGGCGGCGAGCAGCAGUUAACGGAGCCCAGGCAAACCACCUGCUACUAUUUUGCACCCAGUCGCCACAACAGCAUUUAUGAGCAUCCCUCCUCCGUGGUCGGCGGCUCCUUGCAGUUCGACGCAGGAAAUUCGGGCGCAAACGCAGCCACAUCCGCCGUUGCGGCAGCGGCCGUCGAGAGUCUGAGGCGCAGCAACAGCAUCCUGUUGAGGCAGAACAGCUGCGCGAAGGUUAUCCAACGUCGUGGUAGCGGCGGCAGUGGUUCCCCCACAUCCCUGGGCUCACAAAUGGACGGCCUGGGCAUGGGCAGUACGGCGGGGGGCAGCGCCUGCUGCUCCACCUGCUGCAUGGGUCCGCCGCCGGUGCUGUUUCUCUUUGUCACCCUUCUGAUGACCACCAGUGCCACGGCCAUGCUGUGUGCUGCCAUCAUGACGGAUCACUGGGAGCAUGUCACAUGGGAUCGUAAUAGUCUGGAUCGUUACUCGAAUCGUUCGGGUCUGCAUCUGGAGUGGCUGCUAGAGGACCAGGUGGCCAUGCUCAAGCCGGAUAAGAGAGCCGAUCAUCGAUUUCGUCGCGAAUCUGUAUUCCUGGUGCCCAUGCACGGCGGGAUCUGGACCCUGUGCAUUGAUCUGCCCAUCCAGCAGCUGCAGGAGCUGCGGCGCAAUCCGAAAUUCCCACGAGGAGCCCCUCCAUGUGUCAACUAUCUGGCGGGCUCCAUGGAGAAUGCACGCGGGGAGGAGCAGCGCAACGAUUGGCAGCACAGUGAGUCACAGGUCAUCACUCUGCAGCCGCAUCUGAGAAUGCAAAAUCUCUCCAUAUCCUGCUCAUUGGUGUGCCUCAUUAUAUUGGGCAGUGCCGCUUUAGUUGGAGCCUUCGGCGUCUGUCAGCGUCAGAUCAGUGCAAUCCUCAUCACAGGUGUGAUGUAUCUCCUGGCAGCUCUCUUUGCACUCUUUACGCUGAUGAUCAUCCACUUUAAGCGACAGCAGGGACGUCCAAUGCUGGACAGCGACUAUGAUGGCACUGUGGAUGGCAUUGUGGCACGUCCCGGGGGAGUGGCCAUCAUGGCCAAGCCACUGUUGGGCGCACGGAUAUUCCUUACGUCCUGGAGCCUGGACUUGGGAUGGGGCGGCGUUGUGCUGUGCGCCAUCACCUCGGUGCUGUGGAUUUUGCUGUCAAAGAUCAUGCGGUAUAACCCAUUUUCGGCUUUAAUGAUUUAGCUAAACGCCCUGCCGCUCGGCGGCUAUGGAUAUGCCGGCAGCAGCUAUGGCAGCUACGGCAGCACCAAUAGCACCAGCAGCGGUGGCAGCUCCAGUUUCCUGCUGGCAGCCGUCACCUCGUCGCAGCGGCAAAAGGAGCAUCGUGGGGGCAAGGGUAAAUACAUUCUGUAGAAUGUGUCUCGGAGUCCUGCCCCCUGGCUUCCACCUAUCUGUCUUUGUUUCCAUCUUUUGGUGUAAUUUAUACUCAAACUUAUUUCGAAUCGUUCUUCAACGUGUGCUCUU